AUGUGGGGGCCGGGGGGGUCACGGUGGCCACGGGGGGGUCACGGUGGCCCCCCCGCAGUGGAGGCGCUGCUGGACCUGGCCUGCUCCAGCGCGCUGCCCGGCGGCGGCACCAACCGGGAGCUGGCGCUGCACUGCCUGGCGCGGGCCGGCGGCAGCCUCACGGGCGCCCUGGAGCUGCUGCUGCUGGGGACGCCGGCCUGGCCGCCCGCCCACCCGCUGGCCACCUACCGCUACACCGGCAGCGACGCCUGGACCCCGCAGGAGCGGCGGCUCUUCGCCAGGGCGCUGGCCCGGCACGGGAAGGACUUCGCCCGGAUCCAGCAGGCGGUGCCGUCCAAGCGGCUGCCGCAGUGCGUCGAGUUUUACUACCUGCACAAGAGGCGCCUGGGCCGGGCGCGGAGGCAGGCGCUGCCCGGCCCCGCGGCCCCCCUGGAUGCAGCCCCCGGCUCCCGCUUCCCCUGCAAGCUCUGCGGCAAGAUAUUCCCCAAGGUGAAGAGCCGCAACGCCCACAUGAAGAUCCACCGGCAGCCGCAGGGCUGGGGGGGGCCGCUGCCUCCCCCCCCGGCCUGGCCCCCGGCCCCGGCGUGCGCCAUGGGGGGGGCCGGCACGGGGCAGCUCUUUGCCUGAGCCGCGUGUCCCCCCCCAGCGCGUUCCCCCCCCCCCCCCACCGGCGCGUCCCGUCACACGGCCGAGGAUGGAGCCGGCGGUUUAUUGCGGAGGAGCCGCGCGGGGCCGGGGAGGGGGCCAGGGAGGGGGCUGCGUCCAGGGCCCCCCCGGCGCGCGGGGGGGGGGUGUGUGUGUGGGGGGGCCGGGGCCCAAUAAAUAAACGGGAGCGGCGCGGCGGUGCGUCCCUGCCUGCGGAGCGUCCCCGUGUCCCCGCGUCCGGCUGCCAGCGCGUCCCGUGUCCAGAG